AUGCCGGGGAGGAGGGCGCGCAGGGGCGCGCAGCCGAGCCCCCCGCGGACAACUCCAGAACAUGAAGUUGUCCUCGACUGUGCUGUUCAGCUCAGGAGAAUCGGGGACAAGCUGAGCUUCCGGCAGAAGCUUCUGAACUUGAUAUAUAAACUCUUCCACUUGGGCACCUGA